AUGGUCUGUCCUCUGCGCUUGGCUCUACUGCUCGCCCGCCACUACUUCUGUGUUGCUCGCGCUACUUCUACGGCAGUGAGGGCUGGAGAGGUGCGCUAUAUUCUAGUUGAUGAACACUACGCGGUGAUGGUUAGAUUUCUGGUGGCAUUGUUGGGGGUUGUGGCGGUGGUGACUGUCUUUCCGGAGGGUAGUGCUGCUGGUGCUGCUGCUGACGAGGAGCAAGGCGGAUCCAAUGACCAGGUCAAGAUUGGAGAGCUGUAUCAAGGGAGGGUCGAACCAAAGGAGUGGAUUCCCAUCACGCGGAGCAGCACUGCCCCUCAGCCGUAUCCCCCCGAAACGGAUUCAUGGAGCUACACCGACACCACCCUGUGGACGGGAAUAGCGUCCUUCCGAGACCCGCAGUGCGGCGAGACCCUGUUCAACCUCUUCAGCAAGGCCAGCUACCCGGAGCGCCUGACGGCCGGAGUGGUGCAGCAGAACCUGGAGGACGACGAGGGAUGCCUGGCGACCUACUGCAGGCUCAUGGGCGAAAAGGAUGGAAAAAAGGACUGCCCUUUCCGUGACAACAUCCGCGUCCUUGAGAUGCAUGCGUCAGAGGCGCAGGGCCCCUGCUGGGCAAGACACUUGCAGUCGUACCUCCUGGCGGACGAGGAGUUCUGUAUGCAGGUGGAUAGCCACAUGGAUUUCGUGGAGGGGUGGGACAUGGCCAUGAUGGAAGAGUGGGCGGCCACAAACAACGAGUACGGCGUUCUCAGCACGUACGUCCAGGACUCCAGGGUGCUCGGGGUCAACGUUAGCAAGAAGUGGGAGGUCGCCCACCUGUGCGAGGUUUAUUUCUCGCCCUCUCAGCAGCCCAGGAACCAGCAAGCCAUCCACGAGAUGACGGAGCCGAAGCUGACGACAACGUGGGGGGCGGGGUACUCCUUCUCCAAGUGCCACGCCGAGCGGAGGGUCCCUUACGACCCUAACCUGGACCGAAUCUUCGACGGAGAGGAAUUCUCGAAGAUGGCCAGGCUCUGGACCAACGGGUACGACGUCUACACCCCUCGCAGAGGUCACCUCGUGCACGACUACAGCCACCCCCACCACGCACAGACGACUUCCUGGAGAAGCAACAAAAAGGUGGAGGGGGACGGCGGAAAGGACCGACAGAGGUUGGCCAACCAGCGCCUGUGGAACCUGAUGGAGAUGCCGCGGUCUAGCAAGGAGGGGAGCAAGGAGGUUCAGGGCGACCCCUGGGGGCUAGGGGAUCGGCGGACGCUGGACGAGUUCAUCGAGUUCACGGGGACGCGUCAGUUAGUCAUGUGGCCGUUCGUCACCUGA